AUGCUACGCCAGCGCCAGCUCUCGUUGCUGUCGUUGCAGCGGCGGCCACUGACAGCUCACCAUCUACCUCGAGCUCCUGCCCUGCGCCCGCUGCCACGCCUCUCUACGACGUCGACAUCGGCGACACUCUCACCUUCAGAGGCAGACCAUCUCGAGCCUAAUCAGGCGCAUACAUCCACCAAUCCAGUCGGCUACCUCUACUUUGACUCCCUCUUCCCCAUCAAGCUUGGCUUCUGGGACAUCAGGCAUCUCUUUGUCCGCACAAAUCACACCGUACUGCUCGAUCGAUUGCGAAACAGCCUGCCAGAAUCGUCUCAAGUCCCUCACUCCUUUCAGAUCAUUGGCGCAGAAGAGAGGCUGAAGGACGGCGGCGCAUUCCUCUCCUUCACCUAUUCUCCCGCGCAUGCUCCUCCUCCUGCUGCGCCCGUCUACGAGACCCGAGACGAGGCGCUGCUACACAUCGAGGAGAAGCUCAAGAGUGAACUCAAACGCAGCAACAACCUACUCGAGCGUGCAUUGCUGAGCUGGGGCACUCGUCCAAGCGUACACGUCGUUCGCGGCAAGCCAUGGCUCGAGGAUCUCAAUCGAUUCCCUGCGAUGCGCCUCAAGGUCAAUCUGUCUGGCGGAGAUCUCUCAGAGGAAGCCUUGUGGGGGCUAUUGCGACCAUAUGGUCGUAUCGCGUCUAUCGACAAGAAGGCUGGCGAGGCAAUGGUCCUCUUCUCUCGCAUGCGCUCAGCUACAUCUGCGAGGAACUGCGCUCACGGGCUUGUCCUGCCUGAUGGCACAAAGCUCACCAUCAAUUAUGCGGGACAAGAGAGGGCGAAGCAGUUCUGGGACUGGCUCACCAAUCAUCCACGCAUCGUGCUUCCUGUCCUUGCCUUCCUCUUGGGCGGCUUCACAUACGCAAUCUUCGACCCAGUGCGAGCAUUCUUCAUUGAGACGAAGCUCAGCCACACUUUCGAGCUCGGCAACUACCGCUUCUACAACUGGCUGAGGCGCAAUACGAUUUGCCUCCUCAUUGAGAGCGAUGACUCCGAUGACCGAGGAGAUGCCGUCGAUUGGUUCGAGCGUAGGGCGGCGCGGGAAUCGAUCCAAGGCUGGCUCCGGGAGAAGCCAGAGACCUUCAUUACCAUUGCUGGCCCUCGUGGGAGCGGCAAGCACAAGCUCCUCGAGGCCGCCGUUCCAAAGGGAGCAAAGACGCUCACCAUCGACUGCGCUUCAAUUGCCAAGGCCGUCGGUGGAUCGUCUUCGUCAUCUUCAUCCAAGCCUGGUACCAGCGGCGAUGGAGGCGGCAAGCUGGAGACAGCCCUCGUCUCUGCCUUGGCUUCGGAGACGGGAUACUGGCCCGUGUUUGGCUGGCUCAACUCGCUGAACUCCAUGAUUGAUUUGGCCGCUGCUGGCCUCAUUGGCAGCAAGGCUGGCUUCUCGCGUCCAGUGGAGGAGCAGCUUGGUCAGGUACUCGAAGUCACUACUCGAGCCUUGGCCAGCGCAGGCAGCAAGGACGCUCGCAAGGCAGAGGCUGAGAGGAAGCGCAGAGAGAAGGUCGUGCAGAAGCAGAGCGCUGCCGUGCCGGCCACUCAGCCUGGCGGCGGCGCUAUGGUGCAGUCAGAUGCGCAGGUGCUUGCAGGAGGACAGGGCGAGAAGGAUGCCAUUGCCAACGUCGCUUCACCUCCCGUCAAUUCUCAGCGCGACGCCACGCACGCUCAAGCGCCCGUCGUAAUCAUCGACAACUUCCACCUCAAGUCGUUGCGCUCGCCCCUCCUCUACUCGGUCCUCGUCUCUUGGGCUUCCUCCCUUGUCUCCUCCGGCACCGCUCACGUCAUCUUUGUCUCGGACAACCCCGUCGCCAUGUCAAAGGAGAUUGGUCGCGCUCUGCCAGACUCUUCACCUGCCAACAAUGUCGUUCUCGCCGACGCAGAGCAGAGUCGUGCGAGAGACUUUGUGAGGAGUCGGCUCAACCAGUCCAAUGACCCUUCGAUCGGGGAAAAGGCUCGCGAGGCCCUGCCAGAAGCAGACGCCGAGUGGGUAGACAAGCUGGGUGGACGCCUGACUGACCUCGAGAACGUGCUGCAAAAGGUUUCGCUCGGGCAAGACGUCCCGACGGCCGUCUCUGAGAUCAUCUCACGAUCCAUCGUGGAGCUGCGCAAGUCCUUCUUCGGCGACGAUGCCACCGAGUCAUCUACCCUGCCGUGGAGUCGCGGGACCGCAUGGGCCGUCAUCCGUAUCCUCACGCAGAGUCAGGACGGCAGCGUUCCGUACCACUGGAUGUUGCACUCGGACGGCGGAGCGUUCAAGGGCGACGAGGGCAAAUUGCGAGCCAUGGAAGAGGCUGAGCUCAUCUCGGUGCGCCAUAAAGAUGGGAGGCCGAGCGUCAUUCGAGCAGGCAGGCCUGUACUUCUCGAGGCGAUGCGCGAGCUGGUGCGCGACGAUGCUACCUUUAGGCUGACGCAGGACUACCUCGAUGCCAAGGCUGGCCUGGCGAAGAGCGAGGCCGGCGUGAGGGCGCUGGAAGGUGAGCUCAAGGAGUUGGUGGAGUUGACGAAGCUUGGUGGGAGGGGCGUGACGGCGAGGAUGGACAGUUUGGCAAAGAAGCUUGAGGGGGAGCAGGGCAAGGUGCAGUCGUACGAAGACAAGCUGGGCAAGAUUGAGGGCGAGCUGAGGGCGCUGGAGUGA